UCGUCAUGGCUUCUCUUCGCAUUGGUACCUCCGCUCUGCGGUCCUCUUAUCGCGAAGCCCGUUCAGACUGCUGCCCUGAACGGCGCGCGCUGCUACUCCUCCGUCAAGGCUAAGUCCCUGAAGGAGACCUUCGCCGAUGGCCUGCCUGCCGAGAUCGAGAAGGUCAAGAAGCUCCGCAAGGAGUAUGGUAACAAGGUCGUUGGUGAGGUCACCCUUGACCAGGUCUACGGUGGUGCCCGUGGUAUCAAGUCCCUCGUCUGGGAGGGUUCCGUCCUCGACUCUGAGGAGGGUAUCCGUUUCCGUGGCCACACCAUCCCCGAUGUCCAGAAGCUCCUCCCCAAGGCCCCCGGUGGCACCGAGCCCCUUCCUGAGGGUCUGUUCUGGCUUCUGCUGACCGGCGAGAUCCCCUCCGAGCAGCAGGUUCGCGACCUGUCUGCUGAGUGGGCUGCCCGCUCCGACAUCCCCAAGUUCAUUGAGGAGCUCAUCGACCGCUGCCCCAGCACCCUCCACCCCAUGGCCCAGUUCUCCCUGGCUGUUACCGCUCUCGAGCACGAGUCCGCUUUCGCCAAGGCCUACGCCAAGGGUAUCAACAAGAAGGAGUACUGGAGCUACACCUUCGAGGACUCUAUGGACCUGAUCGCCAAGCUGCCCACCAUUGCCGCUAAGAUCUACCGCAACGUCUACAAGGAUGGCAAGGUUGCCGCUAUCCAGAAGGACAAGGAUUACUCCUUCAACUUGGCCAACCAGCUCGGCUUCGCCGACAACAAGGACUUUGUUGAGCUGAUGCGUCUGUACCUGACCAUCCACACUGACCACGAGGGUGGUAACGUCUCUGCCCACACCACCCACCUGGUCGGCAGUGCCCUGAGCUCCCCCAUGCUCUCCCUCUCCGCCGGUCUCCAGGGUCUGGCCGGUCCUCUGCACGGUCUCGCUAACCAGGAGGUCCUGAACUGGCUCACCGAGAUGAAGAAGGUUGUCGGCAACGACCUGAGCGACAAGUCCAUCACCGACUACCUCUGGUCCACCCUGAACGCCGGCCGUGUCGUCCCCGGUUACGGCCACGCCGUUCUCCGCAAGACUGACCCCCGUUACGUCUCCCAGCGCGAGUUCGCUCUCCGCAUGCUGCCCGAUGACCCCAUGUUCAAGCUGGUCAGCCAGGUCUACAAGAUCGCCCCCGGUGUCCUGACCGAGCACGGCAAGACCAAGAACCCCUUCCCCAACGUCGAUGCCCACUCCGGUGUUCUGCUCCAGUACUACGGUCUGACUGAGGCCAACUACUACACCGUCCUGUUCGGUGUUUCCCGCGCCCUGGGUGUCCUGCCCCAGCUGAUCAUCGACCGUGCUCUCGGCAUGCCCAUUGAGCGCCCCAAGUCCUUCAGCACUGAGGCCUACGCCAAGCUGGUUGGUGCUAAGCUCUAA